AAGUCCUGCUGCUGGUGUGUUUACCCUGCUGUUGCUGCUGUUGCUGUUGCUGCUGCUGCUGCUGCUGCUGCUGGCCGGAGCUCUGGAGGCUUUUACAGGAGCAAACUCUGGAUAUUAACCCCGCUGUCAAGGCUAAAUUAAUGAGAGAGAGGCGAGCGUGGAGUCCGCUUCUCAAUGGAGAUACUUCGGUUUUCCGCUUUUUGGUGUGGAACGAUACUCUUUGGUAGUAUUCUGCUCGAGGAGGCGGCGGGUGAGUUUCAACACCGAGGGGAAGAAGUUCAGUCAGAGCUGCGUUUCAUCACAGCAACUUCAGGAGAGUCCGCAAGUCAGAGCGCCACAAAGUCACCAAGUGCGCACUUUAAAGGAAAAGAAGCCUCCAUUAUGAAGAUACGAAGGUUGUGCAAGUUUUGUGAUGUGCAGGCGAGCAGCUGCACAGGUAAAGGCAACUGCAUGGUGGAGUGUGAGAAAACUGCCAUCUGCGAACAAGAUGGACAAGUGUGUGUUAGUAUUUGGAGGAAGAAAGAUGACAAUGUCACCUUUGAUACCGUGUGUCACCACCCAGCUCAGAAGCUGUACGGCCUGGUCCUGGAGGAUUACAACAACACCAAGUGUGAAAUGAAAGAGAAGAAAGGCAUGGGCUCGCAGUUCUUCAUCUGCUCCUGCAAUGAGGACGAGUGCAAUGAGCGCAUCUUUUUUAACUCGAAUACGGAUUCCCAGGUGGUGGCUGUGAUCUUAGUCAGUCUGGUGCCUCUUCUGGUCUUGGCUGUCAUCGUCAUCGCUUCAUUCUACUGUUAUCGGGUCUACCGCCAGCGUCAAGCCCACUCUAAGCGUAAGAAGAGUCCACUAGACUUCAGCGAUGCUCACGCCAUCAUCAUAGACGAAGAAGGUUCGGACAGCAGCUCCACACACGCCAACAACCUCAACCACAACACCGAGCUGCUGCCCAUCGAGCUCGACGUCCUGGUCGGAAAAGGACGCUUUGCAGAAGUUUACAAAGCCAAGCUGAAGCAGGGCUCCUCGGUCAGCGAGGAGCAGGGCUUCGAGACUGUAGCAAUUAAGAUUUUCUCUUAUGAGGAAUACGCCUCGUGGAAGAACGAGAAGGAUAUUUUCUCAGAUGCAGAUUUGAGGCAUGAGAACGUGCUUCACUUCCUAACAGCGGAGGAGAGGAAGGUGCAGAGACAGUACUGGCUGAUCACGGCUUACCAGCCACGAGGAAACCUCCAAGAGUUUCUGACUCAUCACAUAAUCAACUGGCAUGACCUCUGGCUGCUGGGGGGUUCGCUUGCCCGUGGAGUGGCGCAUCUUCACAGCGACCACACCACCUGCGGCCGCUACAAGGUUCCCAUCGCACACAGGGACAUUAAGAGCUCCAACAUACUGGUGAAAAGUGACCUGACCUGCUGCCUGUGUGACUUUGGCCUCGCACUCCGGCUGGACAACACUCUGUCUGUGGAUGAGUUGGCCAACAGCGGCCAGGUGGGUACAGCCAGGUACAUGGCCCCAGAGGUACUGGAGUCCAGAAUCAACCUAGAAAACAUCGAGUCCUUCAAACAAGCCGACGUUUACUCCAUGGCUCUCGUACUGUGGGAGAUCAUCUCCAGGUGCAGUGCAAUUGGAGAGGUGAAAGAGUACGAGCCACCUUUUGGGAACCUGAGGGAACAUCCAUGUGUGGAGAGCAUGAAGGACAGCGUUCUCCGAGACAGAGGAAGACCCGAGAUCCCCAACAGCUGGAUCAACCACACCGGCAUCCAGACGGUUUGUGCCUCCAUAGAGGACUGCUGGGAUCACGACCCGGAGGCCCGACUCACAGCCCAGUGUGUCGCCGAGCGCUUCGACGACAUGGAGUACCUGGACAAGCUGUCAGACCGCUCCGACUCAGAGGAGAAGAUCCCUGAAGAGAUCUUUGUGGUGGAUGAGAAGUAGACGCUGGACAGAAACGCUGCCCCCCUCAGGGCAGCCGAAGCAUUGCAGCCGGUGGAGGGAGCUGCAGAGGAUGCACGGUCGGCACAGUUCAGCACAGAUGAGCAAACUGGAAAAUCAAGUCGAACAAAACGAACUGUCUCCAGAGGCGAGCUUACACAGGAUCAGGAUCAAGUCAUGAGCAAACAGGGAGAUGACAUUAUUAAGCUUUUUAACCAAAUACUAUUUGCACUUUAUAAAUAUCUAUGCACACCAAAUUCUAUAUAUUCCAUUUCAUUUUCUGUUUUGACAUUUCAGGUAUAGGAAGUAAAGGGACUGCACAUAUUUGUGAAGCCAAAAGGGAGCAAUAAUGUAAAACUUUGAGACAUGUAGUAAUACUAAUACCCCCCAAAUAGUCUAUUCAGCCACUCGGUCUGUUUUCCCAGGUGGUUUCAGAUAAAAGUCAAAGGGACUAGAUGACAGAAGAUUCAAGGUGCAAGUAGAAUUUCUGGUUUGAAUGGGAGUUUUUUGUUAGAAAAACCAGAGACUUAUUCAAGGCAAUAAUCUGCAGGGAAAGCUGAUUUAUCUCCAGGACUAGGAAGUGCAAAAUAAAGACAGUGGAAUCAGCCUGAAAGGAAAAGGAAACAGAUAUACAGUAUAUGUCUAUGUCUAUAUAUAAGUGUGUGUGUGUGUGUGUGUGUGUGUGUGUGUGUGUGUGUGUGUGCACAUAUUACUCAGAGGACUCUGAAAAGUCUGUUUUUAUCAGACCAAGAGGAAAAAAGGAAUAGAGAUGUGUAUAAAGGACUCUAAACUGGAGCAUCCAGCCGCUGCCUUUAUGUUAGAAAAGCUGAACGUCUUUGUUUUUUUACAGAGGAGAGAAUUCUGAUCCAAAGCUCAGAAAUGAUAUCUAUCACAGUCAUUUUGUAUAAAAGUGUAAAGCCAUUAUUAAAAGUGUUAUUGUACA